AUGUCCCCUCCCCCCUCCAAACAGAAAUCUCGCAUCGCCCCUAACGACAACAAUUCUGCUCACCAAGCCAGGCGCCAAACGCGCGAGUCUGCGGACAGCAAGGUUUCUCUCAAGCGCCCACACUCACCUGACUCCUCUGUGCAUCUAUCCCAGCCUCCCUCCAAGGCUCCCACCAAACGCAAGAAGCAAGACCACGCCUCACCUCAAGUAAAUGGAACUGCCUCCAACUCUCCUGAAUCCGAGGCAAUAAAUAUCCCUUCAAACUCUUCCUCAACCCUAACAAGUGGCAGUCUACUUCCUCGCUCCUCCACCUUGUCUCGCCUGAGCCCCUUAUCCUCGCUCACUCGGUCCAGUCCUGUCACGAACCCUUCUGUAGUCUUGAGCAGCCAAUCAGACGAGCACGAUAUGACCAUGACUCCAAGGCAACCCAAGAUGAAAUCCAUAUCCGAAGUCACCAACUCCGUCACCAAAUGGCGCGACGAUGCUGUAGAAGACGACGACAAAGUCCUCACCUCAAGCACUUCCCGUGACACAGAGAUGGUCGAGGCUGACCUUCAGGGCACUCCUUCUACCGACCCUCCCAACGUUCCUCUAACACCCCUCACCGACCCCGUCUCCCUUCCAUCUGAACCCGACAUGGGCUCAGACCUCCCGAGACUCUCGACCAGCCCAGAACCCGACGUCCGUGCCCAAGCAUCUGCUGCUCCCGCAUCCUCCUUGCCUUCUCCACCGGAGACUCGGGCCGCUGACUCGAGUUCUGACGCGGGCAAUGAUGCCGCCGACAUCAUUGCCCAGAUUAAAGCCAGGGUGUACGCCGCUGGUAACUCGAGCGACGAUGAGAAACAAAAAACCCUUGAGCUUAGAGAUCUAUCUGACAGCGAUGAGGAUUCUGACCUCGAUCUGCCUGCCUUUAGAAAGAAUAAUGGCAAAGGCAAGAGGUCCGGCGCUUCUUCUCCUUCAGCAUCCUCAUCCCGUCUUCGCCGGUCUAGUAAGAAAGCGGAAUCGACCUCAUCUGGCUCUCGCUCGCCUUCUCCAUCCGCUGGACGCCGCGUCUCGGGCCGCGUCCGCAAAGUGGCAGGAAAAGCUCCACAGCCUCUGACCCAAGCCGCGAUCGAGGCCACCGAGAAGGCCCGCAAGAAGGCUCACAAUCCCCUAGAAGCGCUUCUACGGGAGAAGCGGUCCGGUCAGCGGCGCGGCAUCGACGCCGACGCCGUCCGCAUGGCAGACGAGGCCGUCAUGAACAAGGACAAGUACCUAGACUUUGACGAGGACGCAGACUUCGGCUCGCCCGCGAAGAAGAAGCUCAGGGCGCCUUUCCCGCUGCUCUCCCAGGCUGAUGGUGGCGCGAGUGACGACGAGCAGGUUGUUGUCGGCAAUCGCGAGACCAAGUUACUCGGAUCCAGAGCUGGCGAUGCCAUCAAUCAGAUUCUGUUCAAGGAUAAGGCGAGCAAAGGCAAAGAGCGUGCGCGAGAGCUUGCAGAGCUCAAGGCCCAUGGUGUCGCAUUCUGGGGGCGCCCUCACAACAAUGCAGAUAUGGAGGUUGACACAACGCGCGUGCAAGACCUCUUUGCAGAUGGUCGCGACUCCUGUCAUAUUAUCGCGCGGCUUCAUGAAUUGUAUGUUCGUGGAGACGUGCAGAGGCUAUCAAUCUUCCUUGGUGCUGGAGCACUCAACAUGCUGAGUCCGGCGGAGCUGAACUUGGUCAUUCCUUCCAUAUUCAAAUUAGUGGAUUGUCUAUCGGCUCUUGGUGCGCGUAAAGACGUUUUGCAAGUACAGGGAUGGUCAAGAUCUACUGUGCAAAGAGCAGAUGCCGACACGCGGGAUCAAACUCUUGGCAAGCUUCUGACUUUGAUCACGGCUGCUGCUAGGACGGAUUCCGUACCAUCAUCUGAUCUACCCGACAUGAUAUUGGCGCUGAUUCUGGUGGGACUCGACACGUCGACCUCACACGACACAAGGAUCCAGCUCAUCUCUGCGUUGGAUGCGCUUUGUCGAUCGAUCACACUGGCCGUGGAAUCCACUGUCUACAACAAGCUCCAAACGUACAUCAGGCAGCUGAACCCAACAAACAAGGCCUAUGCUGUCUCGUUGCUUGCCAGCGGUAACGGACGAGCGCGGUACUUUGCUCAAUGGCUAGCCUACAGCGCCCUGGUCAAAGCGCCUGCGUCUUAUUCCGACGACGAUCUGCCGCCUCUCAACGACCUCGUCUCGCUCCUGACAGUCGACGCCAUGUUUGACGUUGGAAGCGACGACAUCGACUACGACGUUCUCCAGCAAUACGUCCAUCUGCUGGACAUGUGGCUCGUCGACAUCCAGGCCUACGUCGCGGAGGAAAAGAAGAUGCAGCCCGCAACGCCGUCGGCGUCCAUGGCCGCCAUCGAGGACUCGCCGUCCAAGCUGCGGAGGAAGGAGCCGCCGCUCACGUUCGUGCGCAGUGCGCUUGACGUCAUCCACGGCAGGAUUGUCGACACCCGCGCCGCGCAUCUCGAGCGGUCGCGCACGAAGGCGGCGCUGCAGCGCCUCUCCAUGCGCAUCUACUACCAGCGGAGCGCCAUGUCCAAGUCUGGCCGACCCGACCUCAAGGUUUAUUUCUCUCCGCGUAAAGAAUAA